AUGGUGGUGCCCGCCUCGACGCCUUCAGCGCCGCCACCGGGCGACGCCGCGCCUCCCGGCUCCGAGACCUUGCACGUGGGCGGCUGGAAGGUCGUCGUCGCCGACGGGCACGCGGUGCUGCCCGAAGGCAUGACGCACCUGCCGGACGAUGCGUUCCGCGGCCGCACCUCUCUCGUCUCGGUCGCCUGCCCGAGCAGCCUCGUCUCCAUCGGCUGGCGCGCCUUCUGCGGCUGCUCCGCCCUCGCCCGCGUCACCCUUCCCGCCGGCCUCACCUCCAUCGGCAGCUGCACCUUCCGCAACUGCUCCUCCCUUGCCUCCGUCACCCUCCCCGCCGGCCUCACCUCCAUCGGCACCAACGCCUUCCGCGGCUGUUCCUCGCUCGUCUCCAUCGACCUCCCCGCCUGCCUCACCUCCAUCGGCCACAACGCCUUCGACGGCUGCUCCGCCCUUGCCCGCGUCACCCUCCCCGCCGGCCUCACCUCCAUCGGCUGGCGCGCCUUCUGGGGCUGCUCCUCCCUCGCCUCCGUCACGCUGCCGCUGCCCGAUGGCCUCUCGAUUGACGACGGUGCCUUCUUCGACUGCCCCCUCAACAAUGAGGCGAAGGCAGCAGGCCUCACCACCAUCGCCAGCAGCGCCUUCCGAGAGUGGGCCUCCCUCGUCUCCGUCACCCUCCCUACCACCCUCGUCUCAAUCGGCGACGAAGCCUUCUUCGGCUGCUCCUCCCUCGCCUCCGUCACCUUCCCCGCCACCCUCACCUCCAUCGGCGCCAGCGCCUUCUGGGGCUGCUCCGCCCUCACCUCCGCCGCCCUCCCCGCCGGCCUUACCAUCGGCUACUGGGCCUUCUACCGCUGCUCUGCCCUCACCUCCGCCGCUCUCCCCGCCGGCCUCGCCUCGAUCGGCGAAGACGCCUUCGAAUGCUGCGACUCCCUCGCCUCCAUCACGCUGCCGCUGCCCGAUGGCCUCUCGAUUGACGACGGUGCCUUCUCCGACUGCCCCCUCAACGACGAGGCGAAGGCAGCAGUGCGGGCCAUCAACUUUUGGGCGGUGCGGCCUCAAAUCGACGCGCAGGGGCACGCCACUGUGCCGGAGGGCAUCACCACCAUACCCAGCUGCGCCUUCUCCGACUGCUCCACCCUCGCCUCCGUCACCCUCCCCGCCGGCCUCACCUCGAUCGGCAACGACGCCUUCUCCGGCUGCUCCUCGCUCGCCCAUGUCACCCUCCCGGCCGGCCUCACCUCCAUCGGCGACGAAGCCUUCUUCGGCUGUUCCUCGCUCGUCUCCAUCGACCUCCCCGCCACCCUCACCUCCAUCGGCGGCUGCGCCUUCUCCGGCUGCUCCGCCCUCAGCUCCGUCACCCUCCCCGCCGGCCUCGUCUCAAUCGGCGACGAAGCCUUCGAGCGCUGCUCCGCCCUCCCCUCCGUCACCGUGCCAACCACCGCCGAGAUCGGUGACAAGGCCUUC